AUGGUGAUGAACACGAUCGUCCGCAGACUGGGCCGCUCGGCCGUGCGCCGCAGCCAGCGUGCGUCGUUCGCCAUGCAGCGUGUCGCCGCACCCGUGUUUGUGUCUGCGCAUCAGUCGCGCUUCUUCUCGGCCAAAAGUGGCGACGACUCGCACUCGGACUUCCAGCCGCAGUAUCAUGCCGCCAAAUCCACGGAGAAGGAUGAGAUCCUCAAGAUGAUCGAGAGUCACGUCAAGACGUACCCGGUUAUGCUGUACAUGAAGGGCACGCCGUCAGCCCCGCAGUGCGGCUUCAGCAUGCAGGUAGUGCGCAUUCUGCACGCUCAGGGCGUGAGCUUCGACAGCGUCAACGUGCUGGACCACCCGGAGAUCCGCGAAGGCGUCAAGGAAUACUCGCAAUGGCCGACGAUCCCGCAGCUGUACGUUAACGGCGAAUUUGUGGGCGGCUGCGACAUCAUCACGGACAUGAACAAGUCUGGUGAGCUUGCUGAGCUGCUGGCUGAAUUCAAGAAGAACUAG